UGAUUCUGAUUCUGAUUCUGCUUCUGAUUUUGCAAAGCUAGCGGCAAGCAGCAGCUGAUGCUUUGUAUUUAACGGCGGGCACAGACUUCUCUCCUCGACAACAGCGACACGCGAUCCCGACUCACUCCAAUCUCCUUCUUCAUCUGUCGAACUUCAGCUCUUCCACGAUGCCUGCCUUCUCCGGCACCACGCCCGAGUCGAUGCUCGGUAGGACAGACUCCCUCAAUCCAGAAAAGACAUGCAAGGGCAUAACCGGGGAUGGAAAACCAUGCCGCCGUCCCGUCAGUCCCAAAGGCAACCCGCCGCGCAAGAACGGCAAGAAUCUGGCGCCCAGCGACGACGACGGCGAGGGCUCGUACUGCUGGCAGCACAAAGACCAGGCCGGCCGCUCGCGCAAGUCGAGCUCGGCCCCACGCCCGUCUCCCUACGGCGGCGUCAUUGCUGAGAACCGCUCGAGUCUGGAUACCCUCGCCGACAGGCUUGGGCUGGUGGACUUGAACUCGCAGCCUGGCCGGUACGAUUCCGAGAAGCCCUACGGCGGCAGACCCAAGCCAAAGUCGACCACUUUUUGCUUCUGCUUCAGCGUGCCGGAAGAAGACUUUGACGAGCCUCCUCGACCUGCUCAGCCCAGGCCGCAGCCUCAUCCCGUGCAACAUCCUCGACCCUCCACCUCGUCCGUCCGUCCCUCGCAUCAUCAGGGAUACUCUCGCCCUACCAGCUCUUCGGCCCCGACAGCUGGCCACCUCAAGUCUCUCAUCCCAGACUCUCUCGAUGUCACCACAACCUCUGCCCUCAUGACCGAGGUCGCUAAGCCGCCCUCCGACGCCGACGAACCUGGCUACAUCUACAUGUUCUGGCUCACUCCUGAAUCAGCCGCUGAGCCAGCACCCGUCGAUGCCGCGCGCGAUCUCCUCGCUCCUCCCCCUCGUGGCGGCGGCAACCGCAGCAGAAGCCCCAGUGACGUUGUUUCUGCAUUCGCAAACCAAAACAAGAACAGCAGGGACCCGAAGCCAAAGACGAUGCUCCUCAAAAUCGGCCGUGCCGCCAACGUCCAGCGCCGCAUGAACCAAUGGUCCCGCCAGUGCGGCCACUCGAUUACCCUGCUCCGCUUCUACCCUUACAUGUCUUCAUCCAAUCCUUCAUCCUUUGAUGCUACAUCCGCCUCGUCUCAUACUAGGGGAAGGGCUCCUUCUCCAGCCUCCGCUGCCUCUCCCCACCCUACACCCCACGUCAAAAAGGUAGAACGCCUCAUUCACCUUGAACUCGGCGGCAUGGGCCUUCGCGCCGACCUUGGCGCCUGUGAGGCCUGUGGACGAGAGCACAAGGAGUGGUUUGAAGUCGAGGCCACACGAGACGGCGUCAGGACCGUCGACGACAUUAUCCGCCGAUGGGUGGGCUGGGAUGACGGCUUUGUUGCAGGUGGACGAUGAUUGAGGAGGGAUUGAUGUGCUUUGAUGAGUGAAGGGAUAUGUUUAUAUGCACAUUGAAAUGUUUCGUGAUGGUUUUGAAGCAUGAUGUUUAUAUGGCAUGGCAUGGAACGGCGUUUAUGACUCCUAGAAUAGAAACAGACAGACAGACAGACAGACAGACAGACAGUAUACCGCUUAUGAAUAGAUCUAGCAUCUUAGCAUAU